GUGGGCACAGUGAUCCGGACCUCCGUCACCACGGCAACAAGACUGAAGGAAACAGAGAGCGGGAAGAAGAAGAGGAGGAAGAAGAACAGGACGGCCUCUCGCUGCAGCCAACAUGUCGGCGAUCCGAGGUGGGGGCGUCCUGCUGCUGCUGAGCUGCGUGUGCCUCAUGCUCUUAGCCCCGUCCCCUGGUGCAGGUGAAGGAAGCAACUGCAGCUGCAACGCUACCAACAGCCGCUGUGAUGAGUUCGGAGUCUGCAGGUGUGAUCCGGGCUGGGACGGUGAGCUGUGCCAGCGCUGCGUGACGAUGCCGGGUUGCGUGCACGGCUCCUGCCUGCAGCCGUGGCAGUGCGCGUGUCAGCCGGGCUGGGGCGGCCGAUUCUGCGACAAAGACCUCAGCGUGUGUUCCCAGCAGCCCUGCCUCAACGGCGCCACCUGUCUGCUGGAGGACAGCGGAGACUUCCGCUGCUUGUGUCCAGACGGUUUUCAUGGUCCGACCUGCCGGAGGAGGAAGGGGCCGUGUCUCCAGAGAAGGUCCCCGUGUAAAAAUGGCGGCCUGUGUGAGGACGCUGACGGCUUUGCGGCAGAGCUUGUGUGCCGCUGCCUCGCCGGAUUCACGGGGCCCCGCUGUGAGACCGACAUCGACGACUGCUUGAUGGGGCCGUGUGCCACCGGCGCCACCUGUGUGGAUGGAGUUAACCGGUUCUCCUGCCUCUGCCCGGUCGGGUUCUCGGGCCGGUUCUGCACGGUCAACAUGGAUGACUGCGCCAGCCAGCCCUGCCGAAACGGCGGGCGCUGCCUCGACCGCGCCGGAGGCUUCCGCUGCCUCUGCCGGCCAGGAUUCGCCGGAACCACCUGUGAAACGCCGCCGAGCCCCGCCAGCCCCAGCCCGUCGGUCUGGACCACGCGGGCCCGGGACACUAGUCACCAUGACAACAGGAAGGUAAAGGUGACGGUGAAGGAGCGCGGCGCCGGCGGACUGUCUGACCUGCAGCUCGUGGUCGUGUUGGUUCUGACGAGCGUGUCUGUAGGCGUGGUGGCGCUGACCGCCGCUCUGGUCCUCCACGCCCCCUGCCGACGCCGUGGCCACGCCCCCUGCUGGUUGUCCCCAUCGCCGCGCAGCAGGCGGGAACCCGGCGACCAGCCAGAGCAUCGGAUCAGCUUCCUGAAUGCAGCAGAACCACAGAAAAAGAAACUCAACAUAGAAGUUGUUUAGAGAGAGGUCAGAGGUCACAGAACCACCUGCACUAUGACAUUAUACUCUACGUUGAUCAGAUGGUUUGCAGCAUGGAACCGGACCUGACUGGACCAGAAUUCGCACUCAGGAAGGCGUUACCAUGACGACCGUUCUUCAACAGGAACAUUUCUCUGGAUGGAUCCGGAUCGGGUCGGGGUGGUGAACCGAGUCAGGAGGAAGUUCUGGUUCCUAAAACCGGCUUUGGAUCGACUCCCCGUCUGUUUUUACUCUUAGACCGGAACCAGAACCAAACUGUUCUGUAAAUACUGUAAGAUAUUCUAUUUAUUGCUUCUUGUACAGAUUUUAUUCGACCCGUCGGACCCCGGUGGUCCAGCAGGGGGCGCCGAUUGUCAGACAUUAACAGAAGUAGUUUGAGUUCAUAUCGAUGUUUUUUUAUUCAUUUAUAAAUGUCACCAUUUCAAACUAAAUAUUCAGUUACAAAGCUAAAUAUUGCUAGCUUACAAAAUAAAAGUUUAGUUAGCAGGUUUGCUAACUAAACUUUUAUAAGUGAAACGAUAACAUGGUGAAAAUGACUGAAGAAUGAACUUGUUUUUCUCUGACCGGCUGAAUGACGGUGGUCCAGAAGUCAUCAGAACUCUACUCUGAACUAAACCAGAACCGAUCCGGUCCGCAUUCAAUAAAUCUGUUUCACUCUG